CGCCCUUGUCCCGAAAAAAAGUCUCAGCUAGCAGACCCUCAACAACAACAACAGCCAUGGCAUCUCCCUGGGUAACCACGACGACAGCACUCCUCCUCCUUCUAACGCUCGCCUCGUUCAGUAACAGCGCGAAGUUCAACAUCACGGAGAUCAUCAGCGAGUCCCCGGAGUUCAAGACCUUCAACUCCCUCCUCUCCAAGACGAAAGUCGCGGAGGAGAUCAACGCGCGGCAAGACGCCAUCACGGUGCUUGUGGUCGACGACAAAGCCGCAGGCGCCAUCACGGCGCUCCCCGCCGACACGCAGAAGAAGGUGCUGGCCGUGCAUGUCAUCCUCGACUACUACGACCCCAUGAAGCUCGACAGCGUCCAUGGCAAGACGGCGAUGCUCACCACGCUGUUCCAGACCACGGGCGCCGCCGCCGACUCCAUGGGACUCAUCAAGUACACCCAGGGAGCCGACGAGCAGAUGUCGUUCGCGUCGGCCGAGCCCGGCUCGUCGGCCAGCUCCCAGCUGGUGAAGGUCGUCGCGUGCCGGCCGUAUAACCUCUCCGUGAUGCAGGUCAGUGCCGCCAUUAUACCGCCGGGCAUUGGCAAAGGCUUGUCCGGGUCAGGCAACGGGAGCAGCUCCCCAACAAUCUCCGGUCCGGAAACGCCGCCGCUUGGCACUGAGGCGAUCGAUGCUGACGCGCCCGAUCAGAUGCCUGAUUAUGCCAGCGAUCAAGACGUAGACGGGCCUUCUUCGCCGGCAGAACCAUCGCCAACGGCGAAGAGCGAUAAAGGGACCACGGAUUCGCUCGCAUCGGCAGGAAACAAGCUUCGUCAGGAUAUAAUGGGGACAAGUAGUGUUGUUGGCAUCAUGGGCGCCCUUGUGAUGUUCGUGAUCUGGUAAUUCGGUGUUAGCUAGAUGCUAAUGGGAUAGAAUGCGAUUAAUGGCAGUGUAUCUAUGGUUACUUGUGCACCUAGGCGUUUGGUCAUGCACCUUACUAGCAGGCUCCGCGCCCGUGUG